UAACACCUUAACAACCACACCGUGUUACAAGCACUUGUGCAUUAUUCUCGAAUGGGUGAUUUUUUUGUUUAUAGCACUGCUCUUUGUUAAACAAGUCGUUGUUUAGGACAUAACAAUCAAAACAUUACAGAAUCGUUUAGUCCCUAGAGACUAAAGGAACGUAAAAUCAACUGUGUGCUCUCGUAUCGCUGUUUAUAUCAAUCACUAAAAAGAAGUCAAUACGAGAAAUUCUGAUUCUAAUGGCGUUCAUCACUGUGAGGUUUGGCGACGACGAAGAAGAGCUCUUCAAUCCAAACUGCGUGACCCGUAACUUGAUGGAUAGUAUUAGACGUCGUUGUCGAUGUCAGAAAGGAGCCACUUUGGAUCUGUCAGACGAAGAUGGAGAAUUAAAAAAUCUACCAGAAAAUGCCAAUCAAUACGCACACAAGAUACUCAAUAAAGGAAGACAGAAAUUUGUUCUAAUUAAGAUCGAUAAAGGCCAAGGAGACACUCCAGCAACUUAUACAUCGAUGUUAAAUGACUUGGAGACAAUCAAUCCAAAACUAUUGAGCCGACUUGAAUCUUUGUCCAAGACAAGCAUGGAUGGAAAACAAAAAUCCGACGGUAGAAAAGAAUCCAUGUGGUCAACGGCGAAUCGAAUAAGAAAGAGUCGUGGUCAAGGAGGAAGUGCUGGUCGGUCAAGAAGCGAGUCUGGUGGAACCGCCAGCUCCCCACAGUCCAAGAAUAAAACGGCAAGAAAACCCAGUAKUAACAAAUAAUACACAUGUACAUGAUAAAUGGGAUACGGUACAUCCAAGUAGAUGGAAUGGAUAUAAAAUGGCCCUUUUUUCUCAGAGGACAAAAGUCGCUUUGUCAGACUCUUCGGUUGUGAGAUAAAUUGAAUUAAUCUAAUCAAAGAUUUUAGCGGACUCUGAUCAGGAGGGUCUGGAUGAGGAGGUCACAAUAUCAAAUUGUUCUUUGAAAUAAUGACUUGGUGCCAAUUUUCAAGUUAAAAUUGAUAUAACUAUUUUAUUAAAUUAAACUAUUCACCUUCAUUAGACUCUCUCAGAAUUAAUGUUUAUUUACUAACACGAAAAAAUAUCAUCAGUCAGCCAAAAUAAAUGUUUGGAAAUUGAGCCACUUCUUUACUAGAUUCGCACACAGCAAAUAACUUUAGUUAGCUAAUGAUCACACUGGCGGAUCCAGGGGGGUUCCAUGGGUUCCUAGGAACCCCCCUCAAGUAUAAUAAAAUACAAGUACAACUAAAAGUACAACUAAAAAGCAAA